GCUCAGGAGGAGGAGUUGCGCAUGAGCUUUGUCACGCUUAAGAAAUAUAAAAUGCGUUGCAGUGUAGACAAUGACUCCAGUUGGAAAGUGGCUGUUACUGACUGUGCCUCCACGGUUGACAGAGCGGUGUAAUGAUGUCAUUGGAUUUCUAAGCUUUUGGAAGAUAGUGUUCAAGAGAUCUACACAAGUGCCUAAGUCCAGGAGCAAGGGCCCGUGCCAGCACAAGGCUGGCUUAAUCUUAGAAAAAAAAAAAAAAGUUAAGUAAACAGCGAUGCCAGCUAAUCAGUUUGGAUUUCAUGUCAUUCUUCUUAUAACAGGCACAGCAAUAUGCCUGGCCCCAAGAAAUAUAGAUGAAACCCCAGCGAGAGAGGAAUGGGCAGGCGAGAAGAACGCCAGCCUAGAAUUGUGGGACUCAUGCCUGUCAGAAGCUGGAAGCAAAGGAGCAUCUGCAUUUCCAAGGAAUGGAGCCGAGGAACAAGACACGCUUCCUCAAAACAAGAUUUUGUUGCCAUUAAUCAGUUAUGGAAAUGCGAAGUUAUUUACCAGUUUGUUGAGAAAACCCAAGAUUAACGUGAUGCUAAACAUCAGAGAUCACACGCUUCCAACAUUAAUGUAUUUAAAGAAUGUUAGUACUGGAGAUUCAUGUACAUCCUUUAAAGAACUUAGUAUCAAUGCUCUGAAGGUUGUUGGAGAUGUCAUUAAGAGUGCAGUCAUCAAACAUCGCCUUCUUGUCAUGGAAAAAAAUCUAGGUGGUUGCUUCCUUCAGACACUUUGGCAUGAGUGGAUUGCUUUUGAGGUCUUAAGUGAAGAGUCCUGGUGGGUUCGUAUAAAUAGCCUCACUUAUCUCAGUCACUCACAACACAUUUUAGUUGGGUCCUUAGACUGGAUUGUUUCUACUAUGAAGAAGGUAAAAAAACUGUACAACAAUUCCAAAAUCAAUGCAAUGAACACCAAGUGGAUAUGGAUUCCUCGUGUUACAAGUGCAUCACAACUCACCUCGAAUUAUCUUGACACAUAUGAUAUCAUUAAGGAAAUGCAAAAUAUUAUUGUGGAGGGAAUACGAGGUGUUCUUAUAUUUGAGGAAAGAAAACACAGUGAUGCAAACCUUCGGCCUGAAAGAAGUCAGGUCAAGAUUGGUAGUAUAAGGGCUCCAGGAGAUGGUUCGUGGAUUCUUGAUGUUGCUGGAAUCUGGCAUUCUGGAAUUUACAAGAUGUUUCUUCCUCUUUGGCCAGCACCGCCCUUCAACUUCCAGAAUCGGACCAUCAGAUUGACUUGUUUACAGAAACCACAAGUAUUUGAGUUCAAGGAGGGCGGUAAACUGAAUGAAACUAAAGGCUACGUCAGUGAACUACUACUCAUUACUCGACAACAUCUCAAUUUCACUGAAAUCCUUGUCCCUAGUGAUGGUUUUGGCCUUAAGGAACCUAAUGGAUCAUGGAAUGGUAUGGUUGGUGUACUUUAUCGGAAGGAAGCUGACAUAGCACCUUUGGAUUUCAGCCCAAGCUUAUCACGCUCAGAGGUAGUAGAAUUUGGUAUUACAAUUGGUGAAGAUUUAGUUAUUCUCCUCUCAAGGGCACCAUCUAUUAUUGUGAAGCCAUUCCUGUUGCUACAGAUAUUUACUCUACAGGCUCUGGCGAGUAUUGUUGCUUUUGCAUUGGGAUUAGGCAUUACUCUUGGAAUCUUUGUGAAGAUUGAAUCAUCUUUUGACCAAAGUUUUGUUCAGAAGCUGUAUCUGCCUCAGCUAAUUGCAAAUUGUUUAAAGCUAUUUGUAUAUCAAGGUAGCGAUGAGUGGCCUAUUGGAAAUGCAGGUAGAAUAGUUACCAUUUCUGGAAGCUUAAUAGUUAUUGUGGUUGCCUCUGUCUACAGUGGGUCCAUUACUGCUUUCUUUGCUAUUCCUUUCAGGUCCAAACCCAUUGACUCUGCUGAAGAUCUUCUUGCCAGCAAAAUUCGGCCUGCCCUGAGAAGCAAAACAAACUUCUACCAGACACUGUUGGCAGAAAAUGGAAUUUUGUAUCCAGCACGGGACAGAGCAAGGGACUUUUCUGGGGAGGAGAUUGCAUCCUGGGAUUUCCUGAAAACGGUGGCAGAUGGAACUUAUGCUUUAGCAGAUGUAUACAGCUCUGCUGUUGGAAGUGCUAACUCUUUCGAAAAGCGAGGUGAGAGAUGCUUGUUUCACCUUGCAAAAGAAUCUCUUAGAACGGACACCGAUGUUUUUGCUUACCAAAAAAAUAGCCCCAUCUUGUUCCAGUUUGAUUACAUAAUGCAGCAACUCCAGUAUUUUGGGAUAAUACAGCACAUUAAGAAGAAAUACUACACAACAGCCUGUGAUGUAGAGAAGUCAUCUGACGGUCCUCAGUCAGUGUCAGUUUCUCAGAUUCAAGUUACUGCAUAUCAGUGACAGAGAUGGCUUUCUGAUGGUUAGAAGGUUAGAGCAAGUUUUUCAUGAACAAAAAUUAUUUGCAUUUGCUAGGUGAUGGCAACCUUAAAAGGUGAGAUAGGUAUGCUAUCAAUGCUAUUAGAAAUAAGAGAUGAUUUUAAGCAUCAGUUUUGAUAGAGCAGCCGCUAAUUGUCCUCUAAGGAGUUACACUGUCAUGUCCCCCCAGGGCUCCGUAAGAUAGACCAGCCAAUUACAAAGAAUUCUCUACUAGGUGGUCUCAGCCAGAAUAGUGCUUGUUGGCACAGUGAUAGAAUAUAAAGGACUCAGCACAGGGCUUAGUCUUCUGUCAUACAGCAGCUGCCUUGGCUCUCUUAAGUAGUAACCCCAAAUUAUCUAUCAGUGUUAAAAAUGUCUUUGAAUAAUGAGUUUAAAUAACAAAAUUGUUUAAUAUUAUUACAAUUGUAGCAUAGUCUAUCACUCUACUCUUAACUUCUCACCUUGCAAGAGGUCUAUUGGCUCCCAAUUUAAGCAAGUAUAAGUCUGUUUGUUAAAGUGUUAAGGAACUAAAACUUUCCACUGGGUCUUAAAACUAAGUACUUAGCCUGAGUGGUGCUGUGAUUGAAAAUGCAUAGUUGAACACAAAUUCUGAAGCAAAACCUGGGGAUUGGUGAACUGUUGGACACCAGAGUGUAAUGGGGAUGAUGGCUGAUAUCCGCACUGUUGUCACAUCUGUGCAAGCGGGACGUAGAGAGCCAGGGCAGUCAUUGUAGGACAGAAGAUAAUCCAACAAGCACUGUGCUAGCCGAAACCAACUAUAAGAGAAUUCUUCGUACAUAAUUGGUUGGUCUAUUUUGUGAAACCCUGGAGCUACCAAAAAUAGUUUUUUCCUAUGUCAAAACCUGUUUUAUUUAUGCUGUUAACUCAUUUUUGUUUAGCACAUUUAUUUGAUUCAAGGAAAUGUUAGUUUAAAUGUUAAAUGUAAUCUAGUAUUCCAAGGUAUUUUCUUCUCAAGUAGUUCUAAAACAGUUAUUAUUGCAUUUUUAUUUCAGUUUCAGGGAGCCCUUUAUGUACUUGGGAUUGGACUAGUGAUAAGCACCCUUGCUCUGGUUGCUGAACUAAUAUGGCAAAAGGUUAAGAAAUGACAUUUCCCAGGUUUUCUUUCAUUGCUGUAUGGUUUAACUACUAUAGAACUGCAAUUCUCUCCAUUUCAUCUUUGUGAUGCAUUUGUACUUAUUCUACACUAUCGCUUGAAUCAGAGCCUUAUAACUGUAGUAUGAAAGAUGACAAAGAAGAGUUUAUUAAAAAGAUGAUCCUAUUUUACCAGGGUGAGAGAGAUGGUUUCUUGAGAAAAAUACAUUUACUCUCAUAUUUCCUUUAAGAGUUUACUAAAGAGAUUACAGAUUAUUUUAUUAUUCCAUGGUGUAUGAGGUGCUUUUUUAUGAGAGGAAUAUCCCCAAUCUCUUGUCCUUUAAGAUUUUACUCAAGAUUACAAUUAUUUCAGCGGUAUGACAAAUUUUUCAAAAGAGGAAUACUACCCCAGUCUUUCACCCCAAUUGUUAAGUUUAAAGCUCUGUUGGGUACCUUAUAGUACAUUUGAUUUUUCUUUAGUUCAUGUUGCCUUCUUUCUGUCACUUAUGGUGUUCAACCUCAUUUUCUUUCACUUAUUGUGUUUAUCCUCUAUUACUUUCACUAAGUGUUCAUCCUCAACCUCACCAAUUUUUCAAUUGGCCCCUGUUACCUUUUGUCAUGUAGGUCACUUGGUGCCAAUUAGAAAUUUUAAUUUCAGACAUGUCAUAGUCCUGUUGCCUAAUAGUGAGUGUUCAUUCCACAAAAAAUAUAGUGAUGGUAUAAACGUUAACGUUGCGGUAUGUAUACAGUACUGGAUCCCUGCAUAUGUAGGCAUUAAAAGAAAUGAAGGUACGAAUUAUGCAGUCAAAUCUGCAGCUGGUGUGACUUGAUCAAAUGUGCAUACUUAUUCAUGUAAUAGGGUUUUUUUUACCAUCUCAAAAGCCUAUUAUAUUUGAUAAAUGGCAGGUUUUGUGAAGUAUUGAACCUCACCAUAAAAAUAUUAAACAAACCCAAUGUUUAGUUGUUCUUCCGUUCAUAAAGAAUUCCACAUUGAAGUAAAAUUAGCCCAUCUUUGAAUUUGUAGUGCUAGUAUGACCCAUAGGUAUUUGAUGCAUAACUCCCCUAACCCAAUCCCAAAAUGCAGAACAUUCACCUUUAACCAUGUGAUGUGUGAUUCCCCUUUUUUCACUUAGUAACAGGUAUGGAGUUUUGGAAACAAUCAAUUGUUAUAUUUUUAAGUCACAGUUUAUUGUAUUCAGUAAAACCUAUGAAAGAGAAAAUUCUUGUUAAACUGUUUAUAACUUAGGAUUCCAUCACUUUUCUUACCAUAAGUGCUGUUUCUAAUAGCACGCUCUUUUGCAUGAGUCCUGGAGCUACUUCAGCAUCUAGUUUUUCUAGGUUCCUUUUCAAGUAUCUUGGGAUCUUGCCUAAUGAUGCUAUGAUUAUGAGUAUAAUUUCCACUGGCAUAUCCCAUAUCCCCCUUAUUUCUAUUUUCAGGUCUUGACACUUGAAAAUGUUUUCUCUUUCUUUCUCAUCUACUUUGGUGUCCCAUGGUACUUCAACAUCAAUGAGUGAUACUUUCUUCUUGAUUUUCCAUCAGUCCUUCAGGUUGGUGUUCUUGCCACUUAUUGUGAAGGCUAGCUGACGUUUCUUGCACAGGCUCCAGUGGACAUUCACUUAUCUGGGGUUUAUGGCCUUGUCUUUCAUAUUGCACACCCUGCAUAUGUUUUGAGAUAUUUACAUAUAUUAUUAUUAAUAACAAUAUGCCGGAAGAAAACUCUCUUUUAGACAUGCUUUAUUGAAAGUAAUUGCUACCUCAGCUACUUUAAUUUUAUAUAGGUUCGUCUCUAUUUUCCUAAUUAUUGUUUCCUCGUUGCUUAAACUGGUGAGCGAUGCACCGAAGGUUGGCAUGUCUCAAAUUGGUAAUUACUUAUAUGAUAAUUACCUAUUUGAGACAUGAAUACCUUCGAUGUGUUGCUCACCAGUUUAAGCAACAAUGAGAAAGCAAUAAUUAGGAAAAUAGAGAAGAACCCAUGUAAAAUUAAUGCAGCUGAGGCAGCAAUUACUUUCAAUAAAAUAAUAACGACAAUAAUAAUAGGUAAUAAUAAGAUGGAUGCUGGGUACCAACUCAAGAAAGGAGGACGACAUCAAAUAAUAAGAUGCAAGCUCUCUCAUUGUGCCGUGCCCAGCUGACUUCAUUUUGUGAAACAAUUUUAAUGCAUUUCCUGUCUAAUCUGAACGUGUGAUGUUCAUUAGUCUAUAUUAUAUUAUUGUUGAUAUGUGAUAUAGAAUUGGAUAUUCUAUACAGCACUCGAUAUGAUCUCUUUUGUGCUAUUUAAAAAAUUUAUAUUAAUUAUUGUUGCCAUUUGUUUUGAAUAUAGUUCAUUUUAA